AUGGCAGAGAUUCCCGGUACCACUUUGAAGCUUGACUCUAAGUACGACGACUAUGACUUCCCCAUCGUCUCUGCUACCAACCAGACCGGUCACCCGGGCCACACAACCCCCGAGCAGGAAGCCUCUCUCUACCAACUACGAAUGAAGCUGGAAGCUGCUGGCUACACCGAGAGACUCGACACCUUGACCCUACUAAGAUUUCUGCGAGCCCGUAAAUUCGAUGUCGCGCUGUCCGAGAAGAUGUUCAUCGAUUCCGAGACGUGGCGUAAGGACAUCAACCUCGACGACCUGACCCGGAACUUCGACUACAAGGAGAAGCCUCAAGUCGCAGAGUACUAUCCUCAAUACUACCACAAGACAGACAAAGAUGGCCGACCUGUAUACAUCGAGCAAAUGGGCAAGAUCGACUUGACAGCCAUGUACAAAAUCACCACCGCCGAACGCAUGCUGAAUAACCUCGCCGUCGAAUACGAGAAGGUCGCCGAUCCCCGUCUGCCCGCCUGCUCGCGCAAAACCGGCCAUCUCCUUGAAACCUGCUGCUCAAUAAUGGACAUGAAGGGAGUUGGAAUCACCAAAGUCCCCUCCGUCUAUUCCUACGUGAAGCAAGCCUCCGCCAUCUCGCAAAACUACUACCCCGAACGCCUUGGCCGCCUGUACCUGAUCAACGCUCCGUGGGGGUUCAGCGGUGUCUUCAACAUUAUCAAGGGCUGGUUGGAUCCUGUUACUGUGGAGAAGAUCCACGUUCUGGGUGGCGGGUAUCAAAAAGAGCUCCUGGCGCAAGUCCCCCCUGAGAACCUGCCCAAGGUCUUUGGAGGAACCUGUGAUUGCCCUGGUGGAUGUAUGGCCAGCGAUGAUGGGCCAUGGAAGGAUCCUCAAUGGACAAAGCCAGCAAAAUGGGAAAAGGCCAAGGAUGCUCAUGUCAUUGAUAACACGGCCACCAACCCAGCUGUAGUCCAAGCUGCCAACACUGCUCAAGUCCCAGUUGUCCCGGCAGGAGAUGCGACCCAGGCUGCUCCUGCGCCACAGUAG